AUUUGUGCUGUACUGAAAUACUUUUGAAAUCUAAAAUUAAAAUUUAUUAAAAUUGGGAGAAAAAUAUAGCGCUCACAUGUGAACGACCGCAAUAAAAAAAAUGUACCGGGCCGCCAUCUUCUGGAGAAUAUCAAAUUUUAAGGUUAUGAAAUUUUAGUUUGGAAUUUAAAAAUUUUAUAGAGGGAGUCAUUUAAUCAAUACGCUAAAUGUAGCUUCUGUAACCAUUUUACUAUACAUAAUAUUUAUUUACCUUGUAUGUAUAUAACAUAUGUGUUCUUUUGUACAUAUGUACUACAUAAAAGUGUAGAUAGUUGUAGUUUAUGGAUAGGGAGAAAGAAUUUCACAAAGAUGCUCAUGAUCGCGUCGGAUUCAUUGCUAUUGUUAUACUAAUAAACUGAUUUUAAAAAGUUUUUUUUUUCUUUAUGGAAUUUUUAAAGAGUUUUUCGAAGCAGUGCGACAAUUUAUGUAAUAAAAAACACAAAAAAAUUGAGUUAUUUCAAAAAAGUGCAUAUUUGUGUAUAGGAGUGCAUUUUUUAGAUUGAUAUUUAAUUACAAAUAUAUUAUUACUAAUUAAAUAUUUAUAUUAUAUAUAAAUAUAUCGAAAAAAUUUUUUUAUUAAUGCAAGAACAUUCGAUUAUUUUAAUUUAUUAUUUAAAUUAAAUUUGAAAGAUUAUUGAUGAGAAAUAAUAAUUGACAAAAAAUUGAUAUAAUUUUUUAAAAAUGUCGGCUGCUGAUACUACAGUUAUUUUUGCCAAACUAGAAGCUCUCAAAGAUAUCAGAUCAAAGACACUUCAAUUAGAGAAAAUGAAGCAGCGAAUUAUUCAAGAAGUUGAGCAAACAGAACAAGAAGAUAAAUGUUUAAUGGAAUACAAACAAGAAAUGGAUUUAUUGAUGCAAGAAAAAAUGGCUCAUGUUGAAGAGUUACGUCAAAUACAUGCUGAUAUCAAUGCAAUGGAGUCAGUGAUAAAACAAGCUGAAGAAGCUAGAAAUCGUGCCCGAGAACACGCAAAAUUAAUUCAUAAUAACGAAUAUCAGCCACUUAAGCAUGACAUUGAUCGAAUGCGCCGAGAGUAUUUGGGUCUGGAAAGACUACCAGAGCUUUAUGAAACCGAGACUGAUUUAAUUGCACCUGAUUAUUUUGAUAGACCAAUGCAGAAAGCAGAAUGGCGUGUGGAAGUACGUGGAGAGGAUCUUAUGCCGCCGUUGAGUUUGCACAGUCAUCCAGGACAUCCAGGUGGUUCAACACCAUUUUUAGCUCCACAACCUCUUCAAGGACCAAGUAAACCCGAACCAAGACCUUUGCCACCAGCGACUGGUCCUCCCGCUCCAACAUUCAGGUACCACUGGCAACAACCACCACCCAUGAAAUCUUGUUUGUCCUGUCAUCAACAAAUUCACAGAAAUGCACCAAUUUGUCCGUUGUGUAAAGCAAAAUCACGUUCACGUAAUCCAAAAAAACCUAAAAAGAAAGACUAAUAAUGUCACUCUGAUAAUUGUUAGUUUUUGUCUUCUUUUUUAUACAAAUUUAAAAAGUUGUAAAAAAAUUAGGAAGUUACAAACAAUGAUUAUUUUUAGAUUAUUUAAAUAAAUUACAUGAAAGUGUUAUUAAUUUUAAAUUGAAAUUAAUA